AUGAUGAAGGCAUGUAAGGGGGAAUGCGAGCUUCGCCAUCAGCAGACGCCGACGACCAUUCCCCUUCUCCCCUUCAGGCCACCUUUGCGAGGACGCCGACCACCAUCACUCCUCUUCCUUCUCCACGCUGACGACACCGGCGCCGCCCCAUUUUUUUCUUUUAUGUUUGGGCCGCAGCCACCAGGCGGCUACCUUGUUUUGUUUGGCCGCCGACACCGCGAACAGAGGAGGGAUGGAGUUCCUCCUUUGUGCUUCUCUUUGCCGCCGCCAUCAUUGCCGCAGGAGAUGCACGUCGCCUCGCUGGAGAAAAUGGCAAAUGCUCACGAGUUUAUAUCCAACUUUCCUGACAAAUAUAAGACACUGGUUGGUGAACGAGGCAUAAGAUUAUCUGGCGGCCAGAAACAGAGAGUAGCCAUUGCGAGAGCCUUACUGAUGAAUCCACGAGUUCUUCUGUUGGAUGAGGCCACAAGUGCUUUGGAUGCUGAGAGUGAAUAUUUAGUGCAGGAUGCAAUGGAUUCCCUGAUGGAAGGAAGGACUGUUCUUGUGAUAGCUCACAGACUUUCAACAGUCAAGAGCGCAGACACAGUUGCCGUAAUCUCCGAUGGCCAGAUAGCUGAGAGAGGUACCCAUGACGAUCUUCUCAGCAAGGAUGGCAUUUACACUGCACUCGUGAAGAGGCAAUUGCAAGGAUCCAAAUCCGACACAGCGGAAGAGACAGGCGCAAAACUUAAUGGAGUUGAGGUCUGAUUCAUCUCACUUGGAUCCCGGCAAUGUGAAAAAGUGUGCACUGCUGUGGAUGCAUUGUUGUCAAUUUUUAUGAAUAAGUUGUGUCAAUGUGUGCUUUUGAAGAUGACUACGAUGCCAAGUUAUCACUUGGCAUUUCUAGAGCUUGGACCUCGCAGUUUUAAUGCUUUUGCAUUGUAACUGGACUGCAACUUUAACAAUGCGUGUGUUCUCACCAUCCGCAACAACUUAAUCCUUUCAAUCUCA